AUGUCCUCCACGAAAGGGAAGGAUCUUCCACAAGUUUCUGAUGAAGAAUUCCCCGAACCAGAAGACUCCGAUGCCAACCCAGAAGAAGAGGAGGAAGAACAGCAAAAGGAAAUUGUCGUUAUCGAUGAUGAAUUAAUUGAAGAAUUAAAACAAGCAAUUCCCAAGGGUAAUCCAGUUCAACUUGCUCAGGCAGUUGAUGUCAUCAUGGGUGCACUUGAAUUAAAAGAGAAUGUCAUUUUCGAAGAAGAACACAAACUAAAUCCACUGACAGAAAUCUUAGUUCCACUUGUUUCCAAAGUAUAUUCCAUUUAUGAAGCCAAUCCAACAGGUAAAAAGCACCAAAUCACUGAGAAAAUGCUCGCAGAUAUCGUUCAAACUUACGAAUCAUUCGAGAAAUUCAAAGGAUCAGCAGAAUUACUUGAAGCAUUCUUCGAGACAGUCUUAAUCACACGUAAAUUCGUCGAUAAAAUCGAUAUUUCGAAAGCUCUUACAACAGCAGUCAAAUUUGGCAUUUCUAAUCCAAAAUAUUCGGAGAUUACUAACAAGGAACUUCAGAAAAUCUGUGAUGACACUACUUUCUUACCAAUUGUUUUCAAUCUUCGUUAUGAUGAAUAUAAGAAUUUGGCUGAUAAGCAGCACACUGAAUCCAUCGAACGCUUACUUCCUGAACUUAUAGCUUUCUUCACAGAAAAGGGCGAGAUCUCAAAGUCUUUCGUUAAAAAAUUAAUCAAAAAUUUGGCUUCUCGUAUUUGUGAUGACAUUGUAAAGAAAGACAAAGGAAUCAUUUCAUGGGGAACUGUCGCUGAGAUGAACUUUAUUACAGAAUUCAUUCUUAAAACAGAAGAUCAAAGAUUUGUUUAUCCAUACUUAACAGAAUUAUAUUCUUUCCUCCGCAACUUCCCAACAGCAAACUACCUUCCAUUCCAACUACGUGCAGCUCAGAAUAUCGCUCAAAUUUGCUCAAAAUUUUCGAAAAUUUCUCCAUUACUUGCAUGGUCAGCUGAUUCAAUGGCAAUUAUCUGUUCCCUGCACUGCAAAGGAAAGGGUGGACGCUUUGAUUGGGACAAUGAACUCGUUGCUCCUCAAAAUGUGAACUAUGAGUACGCAGAAGAAGCAUUUGACAGACUAAGCCGCAUUAUCCAUGCCCAACUUGUUGAGUUCUCAGAGAAUAUCGCAUUUCCUGAGUAUUCACAGUUCAUUAAGCGUCGUCUCGAGGAAAUUACGAUUAAUGCCAAGAACGACCGCUUGAAAUACAGACCAAAGGCCCUUAUUAAGACCAUUUCCGAACAGCAGGAUGCUCUUAUCUCAAUAAAGAACAAUCUGCAGUGGAAAGAUCGCAAAGAACAAAUCGCUGCUUGGGCUCCUGCAAUGGAGGAGAUGCCAACACCUAUUAAGACAUCAGCAGAGAGGUCGAAGAAGGUCGAGGAAGCCAUCAGAAAGGCUAAUGCUGCCAAUAGGCAGAAUAAUGAGGCAGUUGUCGACGCUACCGGUGAUAGAGUUGAACGUGUCAAUGCUGACAACUUUUUGGACUAA